AUGGGCUCAGAAUCGGUACUUCAGCUUCGUUGUAAAUGCAAGAAUGACCCCUGGGGUAAAAAAGGCCAUGAUUCACUGGCUGCUAGAUUGGCCUCGAAGCAGCCUGGAACGAAUUUCAAGAUCGAUGACAACCAGACUUAUUCCGAGAUGUGGAUGGGUACAUACCCCUCCGUUCCUUCGUUUGUCGUUGCCACUGGCGACACACUGGAGGAACACCUAAAGAAGCACCCAGAGUUGGUGGGAAAGACGAUUGCAAACAAGUUUGGAGCAGGGUUGCCAUUUCUCCCUAAAAUUCUGUCCAUGGACAAGGCUCUCCCUCUCCAGAUUCAUCCAGAUCGCCAGCUCGCCGAGCAACUGCACAAUGAGUACCCCGAUAAAUUCACCGACGCCAACCAUAAGCCUGAAAUUGCUAUUGCUCUCUCACAAUUCGAGCUUUUCGCUGGUUGGAAACCGCUCACUGAUUUGUCACAAUUAUUUCACAAUAAACCUUUGCAGCGAUUCUUGCCCGCACCACAGACCCACUUCAAUGACGAAAGUCUCAAACGUGUCGCCCAAAACAUACUGGAAGCAGACGAGAAAACCGUGGCAGACACGCUUCGCGAACUGACCAAACUGCCUGAGAAAUCUUUCGGAAAGUACAACUACAUUCCCAAAAUGCUGGAAAGAGUGAGUUCUCAAUACGACGAGUUCGAUAAUGGCAACUUGCUGGCUGUCGUGUGCAUGAACUACUUCGUUCUUCAUCCGGGGGAGUCAGUGUACGUCCCCGCCAAUGGGAUGCAUGCGUAUCUCUCAGGUGAUAUAAUGGAAUGCAUGGCUCGGUCCGACAACGUGCUUAACACCGGAUUCUGUCCGCGCCCGGAGCGCGAUAGUAUUCCAUUAUUCUGCGAAGCGCUGAGUUUCUGGCCACACGAUCCUAGUGAGGCCAUCCUAAGAAAGAACUCUUCAGAAAAAGGUCUCAAUGGCAAAACGAUUGAGUAUUCUCCACCUAUCAGCGAGUUUAAUGUUUUGGCAACACAUUUAGGUGCAGGUGAAAAGGAGAAGCUUAAACCGAUCAAUGGACCGAGUAUACUUGUUGUGACAAACGGAGAAGGUAGAAUGACCGCAAGGGCAAGCGAAGCAAAGAGCCAUGAAAUAAAAGAAGGCUAUGUCUAUUUUGUUGGAUGUGGCGUUGAGUUGGAGUUUGAGGCACUGGGUGGGCAGUUGGAUAUCUACCGUCCAUAUGCUGAGUGA